AUGCUGCGCCGCACAUUCCUCCGCAUGGCCGGCCUCGACAAGGUUAUGUCCAUGAAGAUGGCCGUCGACGACAUCAAGAGCGGUGCCUCGCUCUCUGUUGGAGGUUUCGGAACGGCCGGAAUGCCGCACGCGAUUAUGCAGGAAAUCAAGAACCGGGGUGUGCGUGACCUGACAAUCUACAGCGACGGUGCCGGUAUCGACGGAUACGGCAUUGGCGUGCUCUUCGAUGACAAGCAGAUCCGCAAGAUGGUCGUGAGCUACGUUGGAAAUAACAAGAUCUUCGCCAAGCAGUACCUCUCCGGUGAUGUGGAGCUGGAGUUCUGCCCACAGGGCUCCCUCGCAGAGCGCAUGCGGGCGGGCGGCGCUGGUAUCCCCGCCUUCUACACCGCCACCGGAUUUGGCACGCUGACGCAGACUGGCGGACAGAUCACGAAGUACAACAAGGACGGCUCCGUGGCAAACGAGUCGCAGCCGAAGGAGACGCGCCACAUCGACGGCCGCUGGUACGUCCUCGAGCGCGCCAUCCGCACGGACUUUUCUGUAGUCAAGGCAUGGAAGGCGGACCGCAGCGGCAACCUCGUCUUCCGCGGCACCUCGCGCAACUUCAACGUCCCCGCCGGCCAGUGCGGACGUACCGUCAUCGCCGAAGUGGAGAACCUCGUGGAGAACGGCGAGCUUGACCCCAACGAGGUGCACCUGCCGGGUGUGUACGUGAACCGUGUCGUGGUGCCGGAGCCGUACAAGACGCACAUCGAGAAGCGCACCAUCACGCGCCCCAACGAGACCGCCAAGCCCACCGAGGCGACCUCCCCCGAGGAGCAGGCACGCCAACGCAUCGCCCGUCGCGCGGCGCUUGAGUUCGCCGACGGCAUGUACGUCAACCUCGGCAUUGGCAUUCCGACGGAGUCGGCCAACUACAUCCCCGCCGGCGUCAGCGUCGUGCUGCAGUCGGAGAACGGCCUUAUCGGCAUGGGACCCUUCCCCACGGAGGACAAGGUGGACGCGGACUGGAUUAACGCGGGCAAGCAGACCAUCUCUUACCUGCCUGGUGCCGCCCUCUUCGAUAGCGCCACAUCCUUUGGCAUGAUUCGUGGCGGCCACAUGAACAUCACCAUGCUCGGCGCCCUUGAGGUUGGCGCCAACGGUGACCUCGCAAACUUCAUGAUUCCCGGCAAACUUGUGAAGGGACCGGGCGGUGCAAUGGACCUUGUCUCGAGUGGCACACGCGUCGUCGUCACGACGAUGCACUGCAACAAGAAGGGUGUAUCCAAGAUUGUGGAGCGAUGCCAGCUGCCGGUGACGGGCAAGAACUGCGUCAAUCGCAUCAUCACGGAGCACGCCGUCUUUGAUGUGGAGAACGGCCAGCUUGUGCUGAAGGAGGUCGCGGAGGGCAUGAGCGUUGAUCAGCUUGCGAAGAUGACCAGUGCCCACUUCCAAGUCGGCAAGGUGAAGACAAUGCCGUUGGCACCGCUCCCGUAA